AUGAAGUGCAAACUACUUUUUAGAUUCUUAUCAGCAAGAGCAGGCACAGCUCACUGGAUUGGUACAUACAGCAAUACGUAUCGAUGGAAUAGACUUAAAAUGGAAUGCAUACCCUGGUGCACGUGGCUACGAACUGAAAUACUACACCUUUCCACAAUCAGCCAAAGCAGAGAAUAAAACAAUUCCCCUUGGAACGUCUUUUACUUUGAGUGGUUUAAAAUCGGGAACAGCUUAUUAUGUUUUUGUAAGAGCAAUUUUGUCUAAUGAACAAAAAGGAGAAUGGAGUACAGCAAAGUAUUUUGUCACAAGGGGUUCAAAACCAGUACUAAAAGUGAGAGUAACAAAUAUUAAACGCCAUGAAGCAACUGUUGAGAUUACGCAUGACCCAACCCAAGAAUACGAUGAAUUUAUUAUUGUUCUUAAGCCAGAAAACGGAAAAAUGAUAGAAGUAAAAACACAGUUAAAAUCAUACACAUUUAAAGAUCUUCUUGAAAACACUGGAUAUUCUGUGCAUGUCAUUGGAAGAAAAGACAAUAAACCAAGUACAGUUACACAAUCAGGAUUUCGAACAAGUUACAAACUUUCAGUGGUACAAGAACUUAGAAAUGAUGAACCGAAAUACGACUCAGUUGUUAUCCAUUGGAAUGAACUACCUGAUUCAACACUUGUUAAAAAUUAUAUUCUCCAGUAUUCAGAAGUAGAAUCUACUUUACUAACCAAGACAGUUACAAAACCACCAACAAAUAUAUCUGGACUAACUCCAGAAAGAAGUUAUAGUUACCGAGUUCGCGCCGUGGGUACAACAGAAUCUACAAUAAGUCCAUGGUCAGAAACCAAAUUCUUUAGGACUCCGAAAGAAAUAAUUGAUAAACCGACGAAUUUUACAGUCCUUGAGCAGAAAAAUGAUGCUGCAACAUUAACAUGGUCGCCGCCAUCACAACAAAGUCAAACUAAAAAUUAUAUUAUUAAAUAUUAUCAAGCAGGAUUCCCUCAACAGGCUCAAUAUAAACAAGCUGGAAAAGAACUUCUGCACACACUAACACAACUUGAAUCAGGGUCAGAAUAUUUUGCGCAAGUGCAGGCUGUUUCAUAUCAUGGUACUGUCAGUGGAUAUUCAACAGCAACAUCAAUUGUAACAACCGGUCCAAAACCAGUGGCAUCGCAACUAGUGAUAACAGAAAUCUCUACAAACUCAGCAAAAGUUUCUUGGACGUUUAAAUCAAAUCAAAAUCAUGAUCAACUACAAAUUAUUUUAAACAACGUUCCCAGAACUCCAAUAAGAACGAUACCAAUAUUGAAUUACAACGAUACCAGUUAUAUACUAUCUGACUUAACUAGCAACACACCAUACAUUGUCCAAGUGCAGACCUUAAAAGGCGGGUCUAAAUCAAGCGAUGUUAUUUUUGGCUUUAGGACAAGUUUAGACACAGGCAAAUUUACAACCAAAAUAACAAAUAUAGAAAAAGGUGUACAAAUCUUUGAUGAAGCAAAAGUAACAUUUGAAAAAAUAUCAGGAACAACAGUGACACUUUAUCAAGUCCGAGCGCAGUUUCAACAACAGGUAAACAGAAGACCAAUUAUCAAAAACGUGACAGCUGAUCUAGCAACGACAAGCACUACGAUAACAUAUAAACUACCUUUAAUAUCUGGAUAUGGGUUUACUAUAGCAGUAAGACCAAUCUUUCCUGAAAAUACAGUUGGCCAGUAUUCAAUAGAAGAAGCUAUUUCAAUUCCAUAUGGCAGACCUCCAACAGAUAUUGAAAUUAGAGAUAUAACUGACAAAAGUGCUACAAUCUCAUGGCCUAACCCAUAUCAAGGAGAACAAAUACAGCAUAAAUACCGUAUAGCAUACAUCAACUUAGAUGAUUCUACAGACACUCAAAACUUUUUAGUAUCGAAAAAUUUCCACACGUUCGAUAAAUUCAGAGCAGAUAAUAGAUACAGGGUUUAUGUAAGCACUAAAUUAGAUUCUGACGAUUACAAUGGCACUGUGGUUACAAAAGCAUUUCGAGCUGGUAGAGAACAACCACCAGCACCAUUGUUUACAAAGGUUAUACCAACUAACGACUAUGCUGUCUUGUCAUGGCAACGUAUUCCAAGGCGUGAUGAUAUCAAAUCAUACGAUAUUAGAGUAAGUUGGGCAGAUACCAAAAAAACGCCAUUUCACUAUCAGACUAAAUCAUUGGUUGACUUCUACAAAUUUACAGAGCUACCUGGUAAUACAACCUUUUUUGCGCAAGUCAGAGCUGUUUCAAUAGAUCCAAGUGAAAAUGGAAAAGGUCGAUGGUCUGUUCCUGUGCCAUUUAAAAUUCUCGGAUAUUCUGCAACUAUACCUAAUCCAGAAAGAGUGGAAAUAACAAGUGUAUCAGGAAGAUAUAUAAUCUUGGAAUGGGCUCCAGUACCCAGACAAGACAUCCUUUAUUAUGAAAUCGAAGCUAAAGAAGUCAGUAACAACAUAAUCCUUACAGAAAAAUCAUUUAAAACUCCACUUACAGUAACAAACUUAAAGCCUGAAACGACUUACACAUUAAAAAUUCGAACAGUGGCAUUGUAUGAGCGAUUAAGUGAAUGGAAAACGCUUGAGAAAUUUACUACUACAAAAGCCGAAGAGAAAUCAUUACUGACAAAUUCUCAACUUGCUGGUAUAGUAGUAGCUGUACUAAUCUUGAUAGUAAUAGUUGCAAUUGCGUUUUUAAUUUACCGAAGAAAAUCAAAAAGUAGUUUUGAUAGAUUUGAUGGAAACGUGAGAUUUUCAAAAAGUAACGGUCAUUCAAACGGCACACCGCAUGAUAAUCCCAUUCAUGAGAUGGAUGAUCCUGCUGCCACUGCAAUCAAGACAGGAAACAAACUGUAUACUUAAGUUUCCAAUACAUAACGCAUGAGACUUCCGUAGCAGUAAUGUUGGUCAAAAUGUUAGUCUCAGUCAAUAUAAAGCAGAUAAAAACUGUGUACGCUAGAUGUUUUUAUGAUAUGAAGAAAUAUUAUUUAUUAGUAAUAAGUACAAGGUCAGCAUUUAAAAUCACUUCUUCUAUCGCAUAUAUGGCAAAAUCUACCUUUAGUACUACAAAAAGCAUGAAUUUAGGCAAUUUAAGCUCUUGCAGUAAUUAUAGAUUGUAAAAAGUAUGAUACGAUAUUGAUAAAUAUUUUAACUUUUAAAUACGUUUCAGGUGGUGGCAAAUGUUUUUUACUUCUUGUAUAAAUAGUAAUAUUAUUUUCAUUUUUAUAAAUAAUUUCUACAAAAUCAGUUGUUUUAGCAUAUAUGCGUUGUCGAUGCAAGUUUGUCCAUCAGGGAAAAACCUUAAACUUAGCACCAACAUGUGCGUAACUGUGAUUAGUCACUAGAAAUGUGUUGACCUUUUUGAAAAAUACGUAUCCAUGAAAUAGUCAAACUUUCUUUUACCUUAUUCAUAC